AUGGCUGUAUCACAGAAAAUACGCAACUUUAUGGAGCAAGGCUCCUGGAUACGAAGAAUGUUCGAGGAGGGUAUCGAACUGAAGCGGCAGUUCGGUGACGAAAAUGUCUUCGACCUGUCGCUUGGCAAUCCGGUCAUUCAGCCUCCACAGGAGUUCUUCGAUGAGCUGCGGCGCAUUGCCAACGAUCCUGCGCCCGGCAUUCAUCGCUACAUGCCGAACGCAGGGUAUGCCGAGACGCGCGCGGCAGUGGCGGAACAGCUCUCAACAGAGACGGGGCUCGACUUCACCGCAGAUGAGAUCGUGAUGACAUGCGGUGCGGGUGGCGCGCUGAACGUCGUUCUAAAGACGCUUCUCGACCCGGGCGAUGAGGUUGUCAUCUUCUCGCCAUUCUUCGUCGAGUAUCACUUCUAUGCUGACAACCACGGCGGCUCGUGCCGCGUUGUGCCGCCGGACGAGAACUUUCUGCCGGACAUGCAGGCGCUCCGCAAAUUCCCUCAAUGA